AAAAAUGUAUAUGAAUACAAUCAAACUCGUGAUUUUAGAAAUUUUGGUCAUACUAAAAGAAAAUCUCGUUUUAUCUCCAUGGUCCCAAUUAUGGUUUGCAGCAUUGGUAUGAUUGUGACUAUGUGUUUUGAUUGGCAACGAACGUUGAACAUAAUGCCUAAAGUAGAUGCUGCUAGUAUCUUGGAUUCGGAAGAGACUCAGAAUAAUGAAAACAUGGAAAAUAUAGAACAGGAUGUACAAAAGAAGAAGAAGAACAAAAAACAAAAAAUUGGAUUUCGCGAUAGAAAGAUAAUAGAAUAUGAAAAUCGUAUGAGGCAUUAUUCGACACCAGACAAAGUAUUUCGUUACUUUGCAACUCUCCAAGUUACAAGCAAUGAUAUACAUGAAGUAUUUAUGACGCCAGAUGACUUUUUAAGAUCGAUGACACCUGGUGUGAAACAGCCGGAUGGGCUUGGACUAGAUCAGUACAAACGUUACGAUCCAAAGAAUAUUCACACCAAAUUAGAAUUAGAAUUGGACGAAGAUAGCAUCUUCUAUAAACUAGGCAGUGCAGGCCUUAUUACUUUCUCCGAUUACAUCUUUUUAUUGACUGUAUUGUCAACUUCUAGACGUCACUUUGAAAUCGCCUUCAGAAUGUUUGAUUUCAAUGGAGAUGGUGAUGUCGAUUCCGAAGAGUUUGGAAAAGUAGCUACAUUGAUACGACAACAAACUAGUAUAGGUACUCGACAUCGCGAUCACGCGACUACAGGAAAUACAUUUAAGGGAGUAAAUUCUGCCCUAACAACAUAUUUUUUUGGACCACAAAUGAAUCAAAAGCUAACAAUCGAGAAAUUCUUGGAUUUUCAGCAGCAGCUACAACGAGCAAUUCUGAGUCUUGAGUUUGAACGACGAAAUCCAGAUGAGCAUGGCAAUAUCACCGAGGUAGAUUUUACGGAAUUGUUGUUGGCUUAUGCUGGAUAUCCAGCGAAAAAGAAGGCAAAAAUGUUGAAGAGAGUGAAAAAGACCUUCAAAGAAGAUCCGAAAGGGAUUAGCAAAGAAGAAUAUCUCAAGUUUUUCCACUUUUUAAACAACAUUAACGAUGUUGAUACAGCUCUGACAUUUUAUCAUAUAGCUGGCGCAUCUAUCGAUCAAGCAACAUUAAAACAUGUAGCAAAAACUGUAGCACAUGUUGAUUUAAGUGAUCAUAUCAUUCAAGUGGUAUACACAAUUUUCGACGAAAACAUGGACGGACAACUUAGCAAUCGAGAAUUCGUCGCUGUGAUGAAGAACCGUGUGCUGCGCGGUCUGGAAAAGCCAAAGGAUACUGGAUUUGUCAAGUUAAUUCAAUCCAUGAUGAAGUGUGCGAAAAACAGCAAUCUCCUGUCGUAUGAUAAAUAAUCAAGUAUCCAAAUGCUAUUUGGUUUUCUUUAGGUAUCUAUUGUUAAUUGUAAUAUACAUACAUAUAUAGAGAGAAAUAAAAUGU